AUGCUUAAGCCAUUGUCACUAACAUGCUGGGAAAGUCAUGUUGAAAGUGCCAAGCCUAUAAAGGAGCAAUAUAUACGAAUAAGAGAUGAUUUACUUGACUUGGUAAACAUUGUUGAGGAUCCUAAAACAAAGAGUGAAUCUGAGUCAUUAUCAAUAUAUGAACUUGAGAAUUUUGAGUUAUUGCUUGAUGAUUUGGAGUAUGUAGUUGUUGGAAUAUCUGACAUGAAGAGCAUUGUUGAGGUUUUUCAAGAACGCGAGGCAAUUUCCUUUGGUGAUCAAGAGCCCAUUCUUCAUCCAGUAUCGGCAUCAAGUAUGGAAGGGAAGCUAUUGAAUGGAAAGGAAGCUCAUCUUCAAGGAGUGAUAGAAGGUAGGUUUAGGAAAGACAAUGCAAUGAACAUUUAUUGGCUUGUUAUGACUGGUUAUGUGCUAAUCAAGGGAAGGCUGAUUUCUAGUCUUCCUGAAAAACUAACGAUUGGCUACAUUUUUGUGUUUAAAUUUAAUUUACCAGAGAUUAUUAUAGUCCACAUUAAGGAGAUAUCACAAAAAAAAGAAAGUCGAAGCACGUGUCAACCGCUAUUCAUCCAAACUGCAGCAAAUAGACUCCCAUCUCCUCCUGGGCAACGACAAUCCUCUAAUCAAUUACACACCCUUUUUGCUCUAUGUGAUCGACCAUACUUUGCAAGUUCACCAACGACCGCGGUUGAAGCAUUUAGCAACCAAUUAUUGGUCGCUUGUCUUGAAAAAGAUUUAUACCACAACUUUAACUAUAAAGUUGUCAUGUAUAACAAAGAUUUUUAUGCCGCUGCAAAGAUAAGGUUUGUACUUCGAAGAAGCAUUCCAUAUGAAAUUGGAAACUCUUUUGCACUUCAAUUUUUAUCCUUGGAUUCUAGUAUCUUAACAGGAUGUUACGGGUUGCUCAUUUUUAACAAUGGUAUUCAAGGUCAAAUACCUGAAAUUGGUAAUUUGAGCGACUUAAUUGAGUUAGACAUUGGAGGCAAUGAAUUGAUCGGAAGAAUUCGUGACACAUUGGGUCAAUUAAGAAAAUUGCAAAUGUUGAUACUCAGUGUCAAUAAACUGCAGGCUAAUAAUUUGUUCAUUGGGUCGCUGGCACCAAAAAUUGACAGCAUUAAGAGCAUAAGAGAGUUAUAUCUAUCAGGAAAUCGAUUCCCAGGUGAUAUUCCAAGCACUAUAGGACAACUUCAGAACUUGGAAAAUCAAACAUUAUCAAACAAUCAAUUACAUGAUCCUAUACCUGAAUUGUUUGGUAAUCUGAUUUCAUUGAAAUUAUUGGAUUUAUCAAAGAACAAACUCGAUGGUGUAUUCCCCAAGUUAAUGGAGAAACUUGAGUACCUUGAGUAUUUCAAUGUUUCAUUCAAUGAACUCACUGGUGAAAUUCCAAAUGAAGGCCCUUUUAGGAACUUUACGUUAGACUUUUUUGUGGGCAAUAGAGAAUUGUGUGGAGCAUCUCAAUUUAAGGUCAAGCCGUGCAAAGAUAAUACAACCAGAAUAUCAAACAAAACUAGAGUUUUGAAGUAUAUUUUACCAUCAAUUUCGAUCGUAAUUAUUCUUCCUAUUACCGUGAUUUAUUUAAUGAGAUGCUACAGUAAGGAAACACUUCUUCUAGUUCUGACCACUUCCCCCAUCACCAUCAAGAGGAUUUCAUAUUAUGAAGUUCUAGAUGCUACAAAGAAAUUUGGUGAAGAGAAUUUGAUUGGCAAAGGUAGUGUUGGUUCAGUGUACAAGGGAGUAUUUUCUGAUGGAAUGAUUUCUGCUAUUAAGGUGUUUACUUUAGAUUUGGAUAAAGCAAACAACAAUUUUGAUUCUGAGUGCCAAAUACUAUGCAACACUCAUCACAGAAAUCUUGUCAAGGUAAUUAGUAGCUGCACUAACCUUGAUCUUAAAGCCUUGGUGCUGGAAUAUAUGCCUAAUGGAAACCUUACCAAAUGGCUAUCUUCAAGCAACUAUUUCCUAAAUUUAGCUCAAAGAUUGGAAAUAAUGAUAGAUGUGGCAUCUGCGCUAGAGUAUCUACAUUAUGGACAUCCCUCUCCGAUUGUCCAUUGUGAUUUGAAGCCAAGCAACAUACUUUUAGAUGAAGACAUGGUUGCCCAUGUUGCAGACUUUGGCAUUGCUAAGCUUCUCACUAAAGACCAGAGAGUUUCGAUUACCAAAACGUUGGGCAACAUUGGAUAUAUGGCUCCAGAGUAUGGAUCAAGUGGAUUAGUAUCAACUGCGACACAUGUUUAUAGCUAUGGGAUUAUGUUGAUGGAAACGUUUACCAAAAAGAAGCCAACAGAUGAUAUGUUUGGCGGAGAGUUCACAAUGAGAAAAUGGGUGCUUGAAUCAUUCCCAGACGCAAUACUGUAG